AUGUUGUCAAGAUCCUCCUUGCGCUGUAUCACUCGAGCAGCUAAUUGCCAGUUCAAGUCAAUUGCUGCCUUCCAUUCCUCGGGUAAAACUUCCCAUGAAAAUCCGCUCGGAUUACCCCGCCAUUUGAAGAAUUCUGCCAAACUCUCCCGCGAUGGUUCUGCGGGUGCGCCUCCUACAGGCACUGUUAGACCUGGAGGCGCCAUGGGACGUGGUCUCCCCAUCAAACAAAAGAUCCCUGGGGUUAAAAAAAUCAUUCUCGUCUCGUCGGCCAAAGGAGGUGUUGGUAAGUCGACCGUAUCGGUAAAUCUUGCGGCUGCAAUUAAACAACUUGGCCAUACCGUCGGGCUCUUGGAUGCCGACAUUUUCGGUCCCUCGGUGCCACAACUUCUCUCCCUUUCCGGCGAACCAAGACUCUCCUCCACGGGGAAGCUUAUCCCUCUCUCCAAUUACGGUAUAGAGUCGAUGUCCAUGGGGUACUUGAUCCCCUCGGAAAACUCCCCCAUUGCCUGGAGAGGGCUCAUGGUAAUGAAGGCUCUCCAGCAACUUUUAUUCGAGGUCGAUUGGUCCCACGGUGGUGUGGCCGGGUCCUCAUUGGACUACCUUGUCAUUGACAUGCCUCCAGGAACCGGUGACACUCAGUUGACCAUUAGUCAGCAGCUCAAAGUGGAUGGGGCUGUCAUUGUAAGCACCCCGCAGGACAUUGCCCUCAUUGACGCCAUCAAGGGGAUUGCAAUGUUCCAAAAAGUUUCAAUCCCACUCCUUGGAAUGGUCCAGAACAUGAGCUACUUCUCGUGUCCCAACUGCCACCAUGACACCCACAUUUUCGGGCUGGAAGGUGUCCAACGUGAAGCCAAGAACCACAACUUGACCGUCUUGGGCCUGAUCCCUCUUCAAGAAGAUAUCUGUAGACAAUCUGACCGCGGGAAGCCGGUAGUGAUCUCGCAUGAGGGACUCCCUUUGGCCGAGCCGUACAUGAAUGUUGCUAGAAAUGUUUUGGCCAAACUUGAGAAAUAA